AUGGAGCUAAUAUGUAUCAAGGGGUACCUCCUGGCAGCUAGGCCUUUACCUCAGUAUUCACACAGCCUCCCCCUGCCCCGGUCCCUCGCGGGUGGCUGCGUGCCUCAGGCUGAGGUCCAAGGGGGUGUCAGAGGCGCCUGCCUUGGUGAGGCUGGUGGCAGCAUUAUUCGAGUGUCAAAAGAAGCCCGGAAGAGGUUCUUGGGCCCACUCCACCCAUCUUUCAACUUGGUGAAGAUCAUUCGGACCUGCCUGUCCAAGACCGUGCCAGACAAUGGGCAUGAGGUUGCAGCGGGACGUUUGGGUAUUUCCCUGACGCGGGUCUCUGAUGGAGAAAAUGUGAUACUGUCAGACUUCAAUUCCAAGGAGGAGCUGAUCCAGGCCUGUGUCUGCAGCACCUUUAUCCCUGUCUACUGUGGGCUGAUACCUCCAACCUUGCGUGGAGUGAGAUAUGUUGAUGGAGGGAUAUCUGACAACUUGCCACAAUAUGAGCUGAAGAACACAAUCACAGUGUCUCCAUUCUCGGGAGAGAGUGAUAUCUGUCCACGGGACAGUUCCACAAACAUGCAUGAGCUGAGAGUCACCAACACUAGCAUCCAGUUCAACCUUCGCAACCUCUACCGCCUCUCAAAGGCCCUGUUUCCUCCGGAGCCACAGGUACUGCGGGAUAUGUGCAAGCAGGGCUAUCGGGAUGCACUGCACUUCCUGAAGAAGAAUGGUCUCCUUCAUCGUCCAAGUCCUGCCCGUCCCCUCCUUGCCAUAGAAGCCCCCCCAGAAGAGAAAAAAGAGGAAGAAACAGAAGCUGAGGACCAACUAGAGGAUAAUACUGCCCUUGCUGUUGUUGAAGAGCACAUCUUCGAACACUUGCCUCCCAGACUGAACCAAGCUCUUCUGGAGGCUUGUGCUGAAAGAAGAAGUUUCUUGACUGGUAUCACCAACAUGCUGCCUAUACGUGUGGCCACAGCAAUGAUGGUCCCCUAUAUGCUGCCUCUGGAGUCUGCGGUUUCCUUCACUGUCAGGUUGCUGGAAUGGCUCCCAGAUAUCCCUGAGGAUAUUAGAUGGAUGAGGGAGCAGAUGACUGAAAUCUGCAGCUAUCUUGUGAAGAAAGCCAAGAAGAAACUGGGCAGCCAUCUUUCAGCCAGGCUUUACUAUCACCUUGAGCUUGGAGGGCCCCAGAGCCUGCCAAUUUCUUCCGCACCGGCUUGUGGUGAAGCACUGCCUAUGUGGAUGAGAAGCAACCGUUCCCUGUCUGAUGUCAUGAUGAAGUGGGAGGAGUACCAGCGCCAGCUCAUGCUGGGCUUACUUUGCAUCAAUGUGGACAUGCAGGCCUCCCUCUUCCCUCGGGAAGGGUUUCAGAUAAAGCUUCCACCUCUAGACUGUGCGAAAGAGUGCCUGCCACUCUUCUGAGCCUGCUGCUCUGAGAGGGUGAGGGUGGGUGGGAAGGGGAGCAGAUGUAGGGUGGGACUGGUCUCAUCCCUCAGGAGCAGGGCUGCCCUGUGCUCGUGAAUAUGCUGCAAAGGGGAUUUCCCCGGGAUGGAGACUGGUGGAACUGACUGUAGCCAUUUGUUGCCCACUGGGUCAGGCAAGGGAUCUCUGUGUUCAAAGGCACACGUGGGCUGAUACCUUGCUCUGGACUUGUGUUGAGGCCUGGCCAUUGCCUGUGGCCAGGCUGAUGCUGACCCAGCUGUGCUCUCCCAAAUAAUGCACUUUGAAUUGCCAUUGGCUUUUUACCGCUAAAUAAUCAGGACGUAGAUGAUGCUCUCAAGUUCAUACAGCUUUUAGCUUCCUUUGAUUUUUAGAGCAUAAGUCUUGUUUUUUCUUAAAUCAUCUGACAUCCCCUAGCUCUUUGUGCUACUGAAAGAUGAAGUAGCCUCUUGCUAAACCAAUUUUUCUCAUGGCUUUCAAAUCUCGUCUUGACUUUCUUGUUUGCUGAAGCCAUGUUCUUUCCUCUGUCCCUUAACUGCAUCCCCACUGGAAGCCAGAGCUGGCACUGCUGCAGACUGCACUGGGACUGCAGAAAUGUGAAAAAGUUACGUAUUUACCCUGAUUCAUGUUGUCAUGGUCUCUCCCUUUUUUAUUUUUGUCCUCAUGGAACUUCUGCAGCUUGAACUCUGAGUGUUAAGUAAGUCAUUGAGCUUAUUUUAAAGAAGUAAUUUGGACAGAUUUUUUUUUUUUCCAGGGAAACAUGUUGAAUUUGAGGCCCCAUUCCUGUCACUGUGAAUGGAAUUAGUGUGGGGUUGCCCUGGAAAAGCUCAGCCUGACUGUCUCUGGAUCAGCUUAGCAGCUGAAGCAAUGUGAAGUGCUUGUAGGAAGGUGAGAUUGUGCAGGGGAUGUUGUUUUUCAGAGGCUUGUGGUGGAGUGUCACAGCAAGUGCUGGGGAAGUGGCUGCCUCUGACUAGGGGUCAGACUUUGCCCCUUAAGGGACCAUACAACUGAAGGAAAUUCCAGGUGGGUGAUACAGAAGGGAUCUCCUGCCAAACUGGGGCUUGGCUCUAUCUUUUGCUUGAAGAGUUUGGACAUUGAGGCUUUGGAGUGAGAAGGGUGUAGGCUUGUAGCUAUACCAGCCUCACAGCUUGCCUGUCUCAUGUUGUGGCUCACAGGUACAGCUCUGCAGCUGGCAAUAGCAGGAGGAUAAGUGGAAGUGAAGUUAGGAGUGUUGGUGCACAUGCAGCCUGCUUGGAACUGGUUAUGUUUGUCUUGUCCCUUAAAAGACCAGAGCUAGUGGGUCUUGUAGCAGGGCAGGACUCUGCCUUGUAAGGUACUGCCUUCUCAGUGGUGGUCUGGUUGUGACUUGCUGUGCAGAAGCAUGAACUCUGUUCUUCACAGGGUAAGACAUGGCUUCCUGUGGGGAUUGCAUGUACUUAAGCUUAAGUCCUUGCACUAUGACAUAAAACCAGCUCCUGGUAUCUUUUUCUGCAGUGUGCCUAGCUGCAUGAGGUGUCUUCUACCUCUCCUAGCACAAACAGUAUGCAACUGGCCAAAGCAAACAUACGCUGUCUUUGCUGGGGAGCAAGACAGGGUAUCUGAAGCUGAUUACAUAGCCUAUAGGUGGUAUAGUGAUUUAUAAUAGAGUCUCUUUUGCACCUGUGAUUUAGAAAGGGAAAAUAACCCCAGAAGUUCUACUAAUAGCUGAAGAAAGUAGUGAAUCUGCUCGAUCGUAUCUGCACAAACAGUGUGGGUGAGGUGGUGGGUGCUGUUUCCUACCAGCACAAUUGUGCACUGGGCAUGGGUUUAAGUGUUUGUGGUGGAGACUGUGAUAAGCAUCAGGACUUUUCUGCAGUGGCCAUUGCAAGCUGUGAGGCAAUAGAUUGGGCAGCUGUGGUGCUAACCAACUGUCCAGGAGACGCCAGUGCAAAUAUGAACUUGUGACUUAGAGUAUCACCCCACUGCCCUUCCUGGAUGUAACCUACCUAUGUAACACAAGGGCCUGCAUAGCUUAUGAAGCAGGCCUGCACUUAUGCAGUCAGAUUUAGUCUUAAGGUUCACAUAGUUAACGCAAUUAGGGAACAGGGAAGUUGCUACGGGAAGAGAAAAAACUGGAGGAUUCUGAAACCAGAAUCGGAAUAUUGGAUUAUAAAACAAGUCAAUCUUGUGAUUGUCUAAAGCCUGUGGAAAAAGCUUACUGCUAGAUGGAUGUAACUCUAAUCAAAGUGAACCAGCAACAAGCUACUGUCAGUUAGUGAGAGCAGAAUGAAUUUGAUGAAAAUUGGAAUUGAGAAAAGGUGUUUAUUUUAUGGUUUGCUGUGGGAUUUCUUUUCUUCCACUGCUUUGGGCUGCCUUCUUUAGGGGAAUGGCACAUGCACAGUUGCUUAGUUUGCGAGAUUAAUAUCUCUUGUCCCUAAUGCACACAUAGCAAUUGGCAAGAACAUAUAGAUAUUUAGUGGCAAGAAAUGAGGGCAUUUUGUCCAGAAGCAAAACAUUUGUGAGGGGCAAAGCUGGAUGAGGAAAAUCUUGUGCUUAGAAGCUGCUGCCCUUUUGACUCUGCCUUGUUUGUGUUAAUACACAGGUGGAGAAAAUGAUGCAACUAUUUUUUUAUUUUUUUAAUCCCUUCUUCCUGGACUGGUAAAACCACUGAGUGAUUAUGUAAACCACUAAACUAUGAAACAAAAUUCUCUUGGCAACAGAGUGCACUAAGAAAUUGCAGCUUGGCACCCUUAUCCCCUGGAUCUCCUCUGUUCUCUUCUUGCAUCAAAACCAACUGGGCUGGUGCCAUUGUCUUCCAGUGCUCUGAUCCAGAAGGCUUGCUGGUUCUGGUCCAUGCAUUUCAACCGACAAACCGCUGUGCCUGGUAAAAGGCCUGAGUUUCAUUCUGUGUUUCACCUCAUCUUUGUUUAUUUUAUUAUAUUAACCUCUCAAAGAGAUGCUUUUGUACACUUCAAACUGUAACCACAAACCAAAGCCUGGCUUUAAAUAUAAACGUCUAACUCUUUGGGGAGGAAACUCCUGUUUUCCCUAUGCUAAUUUGCCGGGUGUGAACAGAUACUGGGAAAGCACCACUCUGUAUUAACACUUUCUUUGCCUGUGUUUAUUCCCCAAGUGAUGCAGUGGCUGUUGUGUGUUUAGCUUGUUGGCUUUAUAGAUUUAGGCUCUGAUAAAAGAACUGCAGAUCUGUCAAAAAUACCCCAAACUACCCUCCUCUUCCUUAAGAGAAGUUUCAUGCAUUUGCUUGAAAUUCUUGCUGUUCAUUCACCACAGAUUGCAAAGGAUGAAGAAAGUAGGGAAGAUCUUCUAGCCCGCUGAUGCAGAAAAAGGGCUGUGGCUAUUUUUGAAGAACAGCUUUUUGUUAUGCAGUGCUGCCUUGUCUAGAUCAGACUCCACUUCUUUGAAAUCCCUGGAAACCUCUUGAUAGGCUUGGGGUUGGACCUGGAGGGGUUUACUGUGAUAGUGCUAACUGGAAUUCUUCAAGCCUUUGUUCUAUGUGUACUUCAUGGCAUGCGUUAUCUUCCAGGCAGCAGCUGCUGCUUAACCUACACUUGUCAAGUUCAUAGGAACAAGGUAAUUGUCUGUAGUAGUCAGUCCCUUCUUCAGCAGAAUGUGUGGUUGGGCAGGCCAGUGGGUAGUUGCCAGGGCCUGUCUGCUUUCCAGUAUAUGGUGGUUGAGAGGUCAGGUUCCUGGACAAAAAGUUCAUCUUGCAGUCCAUGUCCAAUUGUCCUUAUAGCAUUCACUUGAACUCUGCAACGAGUCCCAACCCUUGCUGUUUCCACUGUUUCACAUAAAGGGUCUGUGCAUUCAGGAAUCCACUUUUUUUUUCUCCUUCCUGUGACACAGAUACUACUUGCUGCUUUUAACAAGGCUAAGGUGAACUACUUCUGCGUCUAACCCUAACCUGUACAACACUGUAGAGUUGUUUUAUGUUGUGCACAACAGUCUGUAUCUAUGGCAUGCUCUCUAAGUCACGAUGCGUGUGGUAUGUUGGGUUUGGUUUGCUGCCUGCCCUACUGUUAAUACUGUUGCAAGCUGAUUUUUGAGGGGUAAGAGAAAAUACUUUACUUCUGACUACUGUCUGCAGGACCUAGGAAUUGUUUUCUCAUGACUUCUUGGAGGGCUGUGUAUCUGCAACACUCAGACCAGAGAAUAAGAGGAUCUGCUGUCUGCCAGUACUGGGGUGUCCCUAGUACUUAUUGUAUAUUUCCCAGUGUUUUUGUCCAUUUUAAAAAAAUUAAUCUAGUAAUUCACUCCUUCCUCUGAGAGAAGAGCUUGCUCGCUCUCUCCCUCCAAAGAGGUUGUGGGAGAAAUAGCUGAAACUCCGUGUAUGUGUUUCCCUUAGGGGUUCAUUUCUGCUAGACACAUGCUAGAUGUGGUGGGUGGCAGGGCUGAGCAUUGCCAAAGUCAGAGGGCCUUGCCGACAGUUUAUUCAAGCUUUGUUUCCUUCUUCCUCUUAAAUCAAUGAGAGAAUGGACCACCUCUCCUGGCUGCCACAUUAGUCAGUUCGUUUGUGCCAAACACGCCCUGUGCCUUUACAGUGGGCUCUGGCCUGCCUGCCCUCUGUGUCCCUGUGGCGGCUGCCUUUCUGAAUGCAGCAGUACUUGUUCCCCUCUCCUCUCCCUCCUUCCCCUUGCCUACUGGUGGGACAUGGCUCUGUUUCCAAUCUGCAGGCAGCUCCACUAGGACAGUCUCUAACUGCAUCCAUCUCACUGGAUGGAUCCACAUCGGCCUUCCUGCACAGGGAGGGGAAACCUCUAGUUCCAAACAGAAGACUUAAAAAUGUAACUUUGAAAUAAAAUUUUUUUUCCUCUGGGGUUUUCUUGUGCUCCUGAAAACAGCAUCUAAAGCAGCUCUUUGAGUUAAAUGUGUCCUGGGACUCUGCUGCUGUCACUGAGUUUGAGAAGACCCUUAACCACACAGCGCAUUUGGAGAUCCUGUGGAAAUCCUGUGAAAAUUACUGAUGUCAGAGCAGCAACUAGACCAGCAAUAGCAUACGCAAGUCAUGUAUUUAUACAGCAAUGUCACUAAGUAGUGUUCACAGUCACUUUAAAAGUUCAGUAUUAAAUUGAUGCUUUUUUCCCCUGUUUCUUUUUUCUAAUGUUUUGCUGAAGAAAAUGUAACUAUUUAUUUUGGCAGAAAUAUACCUUCUAAUAAAAACUUUCUCAAUAUAUUUACCUGGCUGUGGUAGGCUGCUUGCCUUGCCUUUUAAAGACUUAUUAAAUAUUUUUUGAAUGCAC